GACGAUCAGCGAAUCGAAGCCGUCCGUUGUCUUCUCGGUUUGAUCGGCGUGGUAUAAAAGCCAGAUGUCUGAAUUUCAGGUAGAAUUUUCGAGACAAGGUUUUAUAUUUUCUCAGUCGGGUUGGGAUUUUGAGAAGCGUCUGCUGCGAAAUGGAAGGCCCUUAGAGCUUACCCCCUUUACUCAUUCUCUCUGAAAUCAACGGCUCAGAUACGAUCGUCGUCUUCAGCAACUGUUCGGACUGAUCCUGCUGAAAUCGCUCUGGUUAGAAGGAGAUUUUGAAGUAUUUGCAAUCUAAUGUCACCACCACUUGGCAUUGUGGAGGAGGAAGGGAGCAAUGUGUCACUAGAGGCUUCUUCUGCCUCUACAGAGAGCACUUGCCAGAACAACUCAGGACUGAAAGAGCAUAAUUACAUGAUAUUAUCCGACUGUUCUUCAGUGGAAAGUUCUGUAGUCUCAAGCUUGUCUGAGGAAAAGGAUACCAGUCUGAAUUUGAAGGCAACUGAGCUGAGGCUUGGGCUUCCUGGAUCGCAAUCUCCAGUUAGGGAGCCAGAGCUCUGUCUGUUGAGCUCGGGAAAACUGGAUGAGAAACCCCUGUUUCCUUUGCAUCCUUUAAAGGAUGGCAUCUUCUCCACAUCGCAGAAAACUGUUGUAUCUGGCAACAAAAGAGGAUUCUCCGAUGCCAUGGAUGGGUUCUCAGAGGUAAAAAGUUCUGUGUUUACAGAUGGGAAGUGGAUCUUUCCAACAGACAGACCUGAGACAGAUACCACUCAAUCUGUGGCACAAGGGAAAUUUACCGGAAACGCAGGGAUAAAUUCAAUUCUGUCAUCCAGGGCAUUGCCUAAUGCGGGAGUGAAGCCUGUUUCUAUCAAGGAACAAUCUGGAGCAUCGUCUGCCAUGCUGAAAGAGAUCGUGCCUCCAAAGUCAUCACAGGACAGGACUCGUGGCCCCAGCGACAUGAACCACAGCCAGAUGGCUUCCUCUAAUAAUAAUGGAAAUGCACCUGCGGCCAAGGCACAGGUUGUAGGUUGGCCACCGAUAAGAUCAUUUAGAAAGAACACCUUGGCCACCACCUCCAAGAACAAUGAGGAAGUGGAUGGAAAACCCAGUUCAGGAGCUCUGUUUGUCAAGGUCAGCAUGGAUGGUGCUCCUUACUUGAGGAAGGUAGACCUGAAAACUUACUCUACUUAUCUCGAGCUCUCUUCUGCUCUCGAGAAAAUGUUCAGCUGUUUUACGAUCGGUCAGUAUGGUUCCCAUGGAGUUCCAGGGAGGGACAUGCUGAGCGAGAGCAAGCUGAGGGAUCUUCUACAUGGGUCAGAGUAUGUGCUUACCUAUGAGGAUAAAGAUGGAGACUGGAUGCUUGUAGGAGAUGUCCCCUGGGAGAUGUUUACUGAUUCAUGUAAGAGGCUGCGGAUCAUGAAGAGUGCUGAUGCCAUUGGCCUAGCUCCAAGGGCCAUGGAGAAGUGCAGGAGCCGGAACUAAGCUGGUAUCUGAACAUGAUUAAUGCUUUCUGACCAAAGGGCACUUGAAAGGGAGAAAUCCAGCAGCAGUGGGAAACUUCCAAACGUUGUUGGGGGUAGGUUGGAAACACGUGAGGAGAUUGCCACGGAAUGGAAUCGAAAGGGAGGAAGUCAAUGCCUAGGCCAGAAGGCGGGAUCAUGGGUUAGAUGCUCUUUUAUCUUUAUCGUGCUGGAAAUCUAUGUCAUGUGAUUGCUGUUUUGAGUUUUUUUUUUUUUUCCAAGGAGACAUGAGUGAGAGAUUCUCUAAGUAAUUCUAUUUUAAAGGUGUUUCUAUGAGUUACUCUUGUUCCCCCACAGUGUUGGAGGACUUCUAAUCUGUAAAGUGCUUUGUGUUUGUGGACC